AUGUUUUCCAUUCGCUCCAGUGCUCUGAGCAGCCGCGUUUCGGCGCUUUCGUCCGCGCUCUGUCGCCCCCGCGCCGCUGCCUCUGCCGGUGUGCGUGCCAUGAGCAUGCAAGCUGUCGAUGCCAGCAUCGGUCUGACGGAAGAGCAGCUGGAAAUCCAGCGCAUGGCACUCAACUUUGCAAAGACCGAGAUGGCCCCGAACAUGCUCGAGUGGGACGCCAAGGAGAUCUACCCCGCAGAGACAAUGCGCGCAGCUGCAAAGCUUGGAUUUGGCGCAAUCUACUGCAACCCGGACUUUGGAGGCACGGGAUUGUCGCGCAUGGACGGCACUGUCAUCUUUGAAGCGCUUUCGACGGGUUGCGUAUCGACGUCUGCUCUUCUGUCCAUCCACAACAUGGUCGUGUAUGCCAUCGAUUCGUUUGCAUCUGUCGAACAGCGCGAAAAGUACAUCCCUUCGCUGGCGAACGGCGAGCGAUUUGCCUCGUACUGCUUGACUGAGCCUGGAGCUGGAAGCGAUGCUGCAAGCCUUGUCACCUCCGCCAAGCGUGAGGGAGAUUUCUACGUCCUGAACGGCACCAAAUCGUUCAUUUCUGGCGGUGGCGAGCACGACGUCUACAUGGUCAUGUGCCGUACCGGUGGACCAGGGGCUAAGGGUAUUUCCUGCGUGCUUGUUGAGAAGGGGACGCCCGGCCUCAGCUUCGGACAGAAGGAGCGCAAGCUCGGAUGGAACAGCUCGCCAACGCGCCAAGUCAUUUUCGAGGAUGUCAAGGUCCCGAUCGCCAACCGCGUUGGAAAGGAAGGCGAAGGCUUCUCCAUCGCCAUGCAGGCUCUCAAUGGUGGUCGUGUCAAUAUUAGUGCAUGCAGUCUUGGCGGCGCCCAGGAGGCUUUGUCUAUUGCGCGUGAGCAUCUUCUUGUUCGCAAGCAGUUCGGCAAGAGCCUUGCCAGCUUGCAGAACUCGCAAUUCAAGUUGGCGGAAAUGGCAACGGGCCUUCAGGCGUCUCGGUUGAUGGUUCGUCAAGCAGCGCAGGCAAUGGAUUCAAAGCAUCCCGCAGCGGCCUCCCUGUGCGCCAUGGCCAAGCUCUUUGCGACCGACACAUGCUUUGAUAUUUGCAACCAGGCAUUACAACUGCACGGCGGCUACGGUUAUCUCAGGGACUACAAGGUCCAGCAGUUUGUCCGCGACCUUCGCGUUCACCAAAUUCUUGAAGGCACCAACGAGAUCAUGAAGGUGAUUGUUGGACGCGAUUUGGUUUCGGAGUAGACAGCCGCAGCUUGAUCGCCAGCUAUAUCUCUCUGGUCUCUGGAUGCUCUUUGUCUACUUCUGUGUGUUUGCUGUUUUUGCUUUUGUGUACUUUCGUUCUGCAUUGAUCCGGUCAAUACGAUGUGCCCGAACUUUCAAUACAGCACAAUUCGACUG